AUGGCGCUCAUCCCAUGGUAUCAUGUCGCUGAGGCGAACGAGUACCUCGUCGUCACUGGCGCAGGUAUCGACAAAGUCUUGAUCAAGAAGAAGGCAUGGGUUAAACCCUUCCAACGAGUGUCCAAAAUCUCCCUCACGCCGUUCGACUUCAACAUCACUCUCCAGGCUAUGACUGUCGAGAAGCUCAAGUUUUCCCUACCUGCGACCUUUACUAUCGGACCCGACGAUGCGUCCGAGUCUCUACAGAAGUAUGCCGUGCUUCUUACCGGCGAGUCCGAUGGAAGCGCACCGAUCGCUGCAGGAAAAGGCGCCGUCGCCGCUGGCCGCAAUCAUGUACAGGACAUCGUCAAAGGCGUCAUCGAGGGCGAGACUCGCUCGAUCGUCUCAACGAUGACGAUGGAGGAGCUCUUUCGCGAGCGCCAGGUGUUCAAGGGCAAGGUCAUCCAGGGAGUCCAAUCCGAGCUCGACCAAUUCGGACUUCGAAUCUACAACGCAAACGUCAAAGAGCUACAGGACACACCUGGAUCCGAGUACUUCACCUCACUGUCUCGGAAAGCCCACGAAGGAGCCCUGAACCAGGCGAAGGUUGAUGUUGCCGACGCACGCAUGCGUGGUGAAGUUGGCGAGGCAGAGAAGCAAGGCAAGACAAAGCAGGAGGUCGCAAAAAUCCAUGCGGCAACUGCAGUCCUUGAAACCGAGCGCAAGGGUGAAAAGGCACUGGCAGACGCUAAACUCACCGACAAGGAGAUCAAGAUCGAGAAAGAGCUUAACCUUGCGCGUAUUGAAGCUAAGCGCGCCGCCGAGCAGCGUGAUACGGAGCUUAACACGGACGUCGAGAAGAAGCGCGCGGCCAUGGAACUGGAGCGUCUCCGAGCAACUACCGUCACAGCUGCCAAGAUCGCGAAGGAGUCUGAACAGCAAAAGGCGGACGCAAGGCUAUACGCCCAGCAACAGCAGGCCGAGGGUCAGAAGUUUGCAGAACAGGCCGACGCCGAAGCUGCGGCAUACCGACGCUUGAAGGACGCAGAGGCAAAUUUUCAGGCCCGCGAGCGUGAAGCCGAAGCUGCAUAUGUUGUCGCAAAGCGGGCUGCUGAAGCUGACUACUUCCGCCACGAGCGGGAUGCCGAGGCGGCUCUCUUGUCCAGACAGCGUGAAGCCCAAGGUCUGUCUGCUAUGGCGAAAGCCUAUGGAGAUAUGAGCAAUGUCCUCGGGGGUCCUCAAGGUCUUAUGCAGUAUCUCAUGCUGCAAAACGAUACGUACGAGAAGCUGGCGAACGCCAACGCCAAUGCUAUCCGUGGUCUGGCACCUAAGAUCAACGUUUGGAACACUGGAGCCCAAGGAGAAGGUUCUGCGGCAGAUCCCACAGCACCCAUCAGGAACCUCUUCCAGAGCUUACCACCACUCCUGAGCACGAUAAAUGACCAGACUGGCAUUCAGCCACCUUCGUGGCUGGCACAGAUGCCCCAAGAGCAACAGCAGAUCGUGAAGCAGGGUCCGAAUGGUGUCAAUGGGGCCAAGUAG